AUGGCGGCCAAAAGAUUAGUUGUUGCCGGAGGAAGCGGUUUUUUGGGAUCAAGAAUCUGUAAAUCUGCAGCGGCAAGAGGAUGGACCGUCACUUCACUAAGCCGAUCUGGGGAGCCUCGGUGGGAGACGGUCACUGGUUCUAAGGAAAGGCCCAGCUGGGCAGGCUCUGUGGAAUGGGCCAAAGCUGAUAUAUUGAAGCCCGAGAGCUACAAAUCUCAUCUGAACGGUGCCUCAGCCGUCGUGCAUACAAUGGGCAUUUUGCUGGAAGCCGACUACAAGGGCGUCGUUCAAGGGAAGGAGCCGAUCAUCAGUGGGCUUCAGCGUGCCUUCAGCACUUCCAAGCUUGGUAGCCAAAAUCCCCUGGUCAGACAGGAAGGCGAGGCGUUGCAGCCCAAGGAGAGAGACGGCCAAUUGACCUACGAAUUGAUGAACAGGGACUCAGCUAUUGCGCUGGCCCAGGAGACCUCUAAUGAACAUGUUCCGGCGUUUGUCUACAUCUCUGCUGCAGCCGGGGCACCACUUCUGCCAGCCAGGUAUAUCAGCACCAAGAGAGACGCAGAGGCAGCUAUCACAUCCUCCCUGCCAGACCUACGGAGCAUCUUCAUACGCCCAGGCUUCAUGUACGACUCCAGCCGAAAGUUCACGCUGCCAAUCGCAAUGGGUGGGUUUGUUGCAUCUGAGUUCAACACCUUCCUCGGAAACAAGCUUGGUUUCCUCGGAGCUAUGGCCGAAAAGCCCCUCAAGGUCGAUGUUGUGAGCGAAGCAGUGGUGGAGGCGCUAGAGGAUGAGUCCACCAAGGGUGCAGUUGGCACAAAGCAGAUUGAGGCACUUGCGACCAAAGCCUGGCGGAAGACGAUGCUGUAG